GAACGAAACCAAACGUGCUUCCAGGAACACGCCACAGAGGGAGCUGCAUAAAGAGAGGCAACUGGGCUGAAUAUAUACAAAGAUUGUUAAGAAAGCAAGAGGACUAAAGUGAACGGAGACGUUCAAUCAACUCGGUUGUAACAACCAAGACAUAAGUGAAAAAACUGAGGACGUUACUGAGUGAAGACACGGGAAGAGCCUGACGCUAACGUCUACAGGAGGAAUUAGCGAUCAUCUGAAACACGAUGCCGUAUACCUAACGAGUGGAACUCGUGGCAAAGUCGAAUAAUCGCAUUUAAAAAAUAUAGACGACAACCAAGAAGUUUUAACAGAGCAGACAUAAAGAGCAAGGAGCUGCGGUGGGAAGAGAUGGCAGGGCAUGGCCAAACGCAAUUGUGAUGACAGCAUGAAAAAUGGUAAUGCGCUGCUACGACAUAUGAAUACAUGCAGUGGAUAAACCAAAAGAACGGGAGUAAUUAAACGCUACAAUUGAGCUUAAAAAAAGUGUCAGGACAUUCCGAUAACAGAGUAGAAACGAGUGGCGCGUUAUGAAAGCGAAAGCCAGAAAGUAGUGAUUUUGACUGAACACUGUACUGCUCACGUACGAAUCGGCAGUGCACUACGCAAAUCCCGGAACACGCCAAGAAAGAUGGCAGUUCCUAACUUUGCUGUGCUGGACUACGUCGUGCUCAUGGGGUUCCUGGCGCUCUCGGCCGGUAUCGGCGUCUUCGUUGCGUGGCAAGACCGCAGGAAGAAGUCCAGCAAGCACUUCCUGACAGGAAACAGGCAGCUCAACUGGCUGCCAGUGUCCAUGUCCAUGACGGCUAGCUACCUGUCCUCUAUCGGCAUCCUUGGACAACCGUCGGAAGUGUUCCUCCGUGGCUCGACUUUAUGGAUCAGCGCCAUAUCUUCAACCAUGUCUAUCCUUGUCGCUGCUUUCGUAUUCCUGCCCAUGUACUACAAGAUGGACAUAACAAGCAUCAAUGAGUACUUGGAGAAGAGGUUCAUGUCCACGGCCAUCAGAAAUAUCGCGUCCGUCGUUUUUAUAAUGUCAACGCUGCUUUACAUGGGUGUUGUGCUCUACGGCCCUGCACUGGCUCUUGGAUCGGUGACUGGCAUACCAGUAUGGUUGUCCAUCCUCCUUAACGGCUUCGUAUGCACGUUCUACACAGCAAUAGGUGGCAUCAAAGCUGUCAUCUGGACUGACGUGGUUCAAAUGGUGCUCAUGUUCGCCGGAUACAUCAUGGUCAUCGUAUCGGGCCUGCAGCAUUUGGGAGGCUUUGAAAACAUGUGGCGGAUCGCCAGCGAUGGAGGUCGAGUUAUAUUCCUCAACUUCAGCACGAGCAUGUACGAUACCUACACCUCCUGGAACGUGCUGCUCGGCUAUACAGUCAUCUGGAUGGUCACCUACUGCGCGAGCCAGACGCAGGUGCAGCGUUACUCCAGCAUGAAGUCGCUCAAGCGCGCGCGCAGGGCUCUGCUACUCAAUAUACCUGGUGUUGCUGGGAACCUGCUGUUGUCUGUGCUGUCGGGAAUGACACUCUACGCCGUGUACGGUGACUGCGACCCCAGGCUCACCGGUGAUAUCGACAAGGCCGAUCAGCUGAUGCCGUACGCUGUUCAAGACCUGCUGCGCGACUACCCUGGACUCAGCGGGCUCCUCGUGGCCGCGGUACUCAGUGGUUCCCUCAGUACACUUUCGUCGGGUUACAACGCCCUGGCAGCCGUGACCUGCGAUGACUUCGUUCGGCCCCGAGUCAACAUGAGUGAAGGCGCCACGCUUCGACUCACGAAGGCAAUGGCCGCUGCCUAUGGCCUCCUCUCCAUAUCCAUCGCCUUUCUGGCCGGCACCAUGGAGUCUAUCAUGCAGGCUGCAUCGUCGCUUGUGGGAGCCCUGUCUGGUCCCCUUCUGUCCAUGUUCGUCCUGGGCAUCUUCUUUCCGUGCUGCAAAAAGAAGGGUGCCAUUACGGGAACCAUGGCAGCGUUGGCCUUGUCCUGGUGGCUUUCCUUGGGCUCGAUCGUGCAUCCGCGCGAGGCGGACGACUUGCCCACGUCCACCGCCGGGUGCGCCGACUUCAACCAGACCAUCACGGCCGGCUCAUACGACCCGCCACCGAUACCGAGUGGAAUAUUCCGGUUCUACCACAUCUCUUUCGUGUGGAUCUGCACCAUAGGCUUCACCAUGCACAUGGUAGUGUCGCUGUUCGUCAGCCUCAUCUUCGAACGCAACGAGAAGGAAGAGGUGGAUCCCAAGUACAUCUGCCCCUUCGUGCGGCGAUACAUGAGCAACUACGUCAGGAAGCCCACUGACAACGAACUCAAGGAGUCGCAGCCAGCGACGAGCGGAGUGUCACCGACAGAACUCAAGCGGCUAAUGCAAGAUGAUCAAUAACAGAGAACAAAACGAUGUGAAGUGCAUUGGUUUCGUGGCCCGGUUGCUUGCAUGGUGUUGCUGCCGGCAUGUAGACUAUCGAACAUAUCUGCAUCUGUGCUCGCAUAUGACGACCAACGCAAGCUUCUACUCCCCACCACGUUAGGUCACCUGGAUUCAAGAUCAUUCACGGUGACCAAAGUACUCGGACCGUGGUCACAUGCCUCACACGCGCAGAAAGCGUUAUACGUCCGUUACAACAGUUCAGGAAGUCUACAGACCUCAGCGAAUCUAGGAACUGCCUCUGGUUAACCUCCCUGCCUUUCUAUGCAUCCUUUUCUCUCUCUACAUCUCCGGAAGAAGCGGCAGCCUCAGUAUUUUCAAAAAUUUCUUUCCUUCUUUCUUUCUCUCUUUCUUUCUUUCUUUCUUUAUUUCUUUCUUUUCAUCCUCGAACUCCCUGCGCAUAGGGUAGUAAACCGGACGUGUGCCUGGUUGACCACCUGGACUUUUCUUCACUUGUCGCUCAAGAUCAGGCAAUAAAAAGAAAAACACAGCAAUGUUGCGCGGUUGCUUUUGUGAUUAGGAACUACCUUAAGCGCUAUAUGUAGCCGAUAAUGGUUGUGGUUUAGACUUGUUGAUCAUUUCGAAAGCGUUCAGUGUAGUGCGAUCAGCACACGGACACAGAAGAAACAGAACGUACAAGCAGGGCUUACUUCCAGAAGUUAUACAUUACCGGACAACUACGUAUGGCCCUUAUGCACCCCGCACGUUCGUCCCAGGACACAUACUCAACAAAU